UGCGCGGUGCAGACAACACACAUUUGACCACACCGCAUCUCAAUCGUAUCACGCUUCCAUUACAAUGAACAUGUGGCGCAUAGCGAAGACGAUCCGCGGCCGGCGUCUCACAGAUCCAUGUCCCACUUAGGAACACCUUCUCGACGCAAGCCGGCCGCGAGCUGUCGGAGUGUCACGCUGCUCCGCACGAAGGCUGCCCCGGGCUGAGAGUGAGCCACGAGCCGAGCGAGCUUCCUGCUGCACAGCCGAGAGUCAGCGUCGUCGCCUCUCUCCGCCCAGUAGGAAGGGCGCAUCCCGGAUAGCUAGCUGGCUAGCUGCACUCGGCACGACCAUGGCAGUCAACCUCAGCAAGAACGGCCCCGCGCUAACGGCUGCGUUCAAAGAAGUGGUGGAUGAAAAGUCCAGCACCAACUGGGCCUUGUUCACCUAUGAGGGCAACAGUAAUGACAUCCGCCUGGCUGAAAAAGGGGAUGGAGGACUGGAGGAGUUGGUUGAGGAACUCAACAGUGGAAAAGUGAUGUACGCUUUCUGCCGGGUCCAGGAUCCAAACUCGGGCCUGCCCAAAUAUGUCCUAAUCAACUGGACUGGGGAAGGAGUGAAUGACUCCAGGAAAGGAUUAUGUGCAAAUCAUGUCAGCUCCAUGGCCACUUUUCUAAGGGGGGCCCAUGUCACAGUUAAUGCCAGAGCAGACGAGGAUGUUGAACCUGAGGUGAUCAUGCAAAAAGUAGCUAAAGCCUCAGGAGCCAACUACAGUUUCCACAAAGAAGCUUCCAGCCGCUUCCAGGACAGUGGUCCUCAGGGUCCUGUGGGCUCGGUGUACCAAAAGACCAAUGCUAUGUCGGAAAUCAGAAAGACAAAUAAAGACAACUUCUGGGCACAGGCAGAGAAAGAAGAGGAGAAACGUCGGCAUGAGGAGCGGCGCAAGGCAGACGAGGAGCGCCAGCUGCUGGAUAGAGAGAGGAAAGACAGAGAAGCCAAGGAGGCUGUGGUGAGGGACAAGAGGGACAAGGAGAGGGCCUCGCAAAUCGAGCAACAAAAGAAGUACCAGCAGGAAGCUGAGAGCAAAGAUCUGGAGAAACAACGCUGGGAGGAGGAGGAGAAGGAGAAGGAGGCUGCCCAGGGGAAAGCAGCCAGGAGAGGUGAAUCUGUGGAGAAGGCCAACGAGGCCGCUUCUCUCAUCUCUCAGCGUGCUUUGAACCCUCGAGAGAUGUUCAAGCAGCGAGAGAGGGGAAUGACUCCCAGUGACUCGGACGUCCCCCCUGCUGCCCCUGCGAGCCCCCAGCCAGGGCGUCUGCAAAGUCCUUUUCUUCCUACGCAAACGUACGAAUCUGAGCGAGCCACCUCACCUCAGCGCCAAGCUUCACCUUUGCCCGCAGGCUCCGCCUCUCCUGUCCGUGCUACAGAGCCUGAUGUGGAUGAUGGACAGUCCAGGUGUGAGUAUGAUGAGCAGGAGGCGGCCCCCCAGGAGCAGUGGAAAGAGGAGGCACCGGCUGCCAACUCCUGCGUCCAGGAGACGGUGGCUUAUGAAGAGCCCGCUCAGGUGGUGAAGGAGAACAACACGCAUGAGGUGACGGCUGAGGAGACCUCAGACAAAGGCACCAGUGCCAGAGCCUUGUAUGACUACCAGGCUGCUGAUGACACGGAGAUCUCGUUCGAUCCCGACGACAUCAUCAGCGGGAUCGAGAUGAUCGACGAGGGCUGGUGGCGCGGCUAUGCCCCGGACGGCCAUUUUGGAAUGUUCCCAGCCAAUUACGUGGAGCUCGUCUAGCCCGCUGCACUUCCCCUUCCUCCCAAACCCCCACCCACACAGAUCAUCACAGCGGCAGCCCUGGACGACACGCCGCAAAGUCCCAGUCAUCGCACACAAGUGACCAGGCUAAGACGGAGCAGAUGAGCCUCCACAUCGCGGACCAAUGAACCGACGGUAAUCCCGGGCCAGAAGAUUUCGAAAUCCCUCCGCAUUUCAAGAAAAGCGAUUCCAUUGAAUUAUUGAUGUUGUAAGCAAUUUAUGGCAUAGUUAAGGGAUUUGUGACGACCCAUUGGCUGAAACAAAACUCCCUCCCGCCAAGAAAAUCAAUCUCUUUACCUUUAAAUGUGAUGCAGUACAAUAUCAGCCUUUGUUAAGUCUUAAAUUCAAUAGGGAGCAUUGAUAGCACCUCUAGUUCACAUUCCUUACAGAGUGACUUCAGUUCUAUUUCAGGUAUUAUUUUGUUGUUUCUUGUAGCAAAUGCUCCUGUACAUUUCAGGAGAAAAAAAAAACAAAGAUGGUGGUACCAGCUACAGUUUGAUGUUUUGCUUUGAUUUUGCCUUUUGUUACCAGCAGACUGAAUUUAACUUAGAUUCUGUGUGAAUUUAAAACCCUGUUUUAGUACUGGUCUGACUGGUUGAAGUGAAUAUUUAAAAAAAAAAAUCUGAUGUUUGCUGUGCUCCAGGUGGUUGACUUUUAGUGGGUAAUGCAUAAAUAGUUAAGUUCCCUUUAACUGAGUGUAUAAUGGUUUGUUUUCAUUUCAAGUCCUCAUGUGAACCAAAUCAUUUCAACAUAUUUAACUUUUCAGGACAAGCAGAAGAAAAUGAACCAUAAAUCGCCAUUAGCUGUUCUCAGAUUGGAUCUUGCUGGUCUGAGGUUGAGUUUCGGUGCAAAACAGAUCUCAAAGAUUAAUUUAUGUGAUUUUGUGGUGCCAUAGUGAGGGGAAGUGAUAAGAGCUUGGUGACACUUUUUUUCAACAAUUGGCAGGAAGUUAUGCAAGUUCAUUGUCUUUAUCAUGGAAGAAAACUCUUGCUCCUCUAAAGCUUGGAGGUCAGUCGACAAGAGGUAACCUGAAUCGAUAAGGACUAGAAAAGGGCCAAAUGUAUCCAUUGCAUUAUUCCUGUUUGUUUUUCCAGAGUCUAUUGUAAUGCACAGACGCUUCAUAAUAAAAUGAAUAAACAAGC